AUGUCCAGAUUAGAAAAAUUAAAAAGGAUGCGAGCCGAGGUCGAUUGGAAUUUAAUAAAGGAGCGACGUGAUCUUCUCCGUCGACUUUUUCACUUGACGAGCGACUGGAAGGUACAGCUUCCAAAUCUCCUAGACGUUUUUCGGGCCGAAGAUAUUGACUGGCUUCUCAUGGAGGCCACCAACGUGACAAAAAAUCCUCCUCAACUCCAACGAUUUAUCGAGUUUGUAGCUCGAACAGGCUUCAAGGACGAGCCGAAACUCGACGAAGCAGGCAAGCCAAUAUCUCGUCGCGUCACGGCAGUAUACGAUGUGAAUUAUACCGAUAAAUUUGGAUACACUCAUUUUCAUCUGGCUAGCGAGUUUGACUUGGACGACGUCGUCGAAAAAUUCCUCGACCUCGGUCAGGAUCCCAAUCUCCUUGUGAAAAAUACAGGUGAUUCGCCGCUGCACUUUGCAGUGGCAAUUAAUUACGACGACACAACGAAGAUUUGCGACGAACGACAGCUGAAAGUUCAAGUCGACGCCGUGGACAGCUUAGGUAAUACACCUUUGCACGAGGCAAUCGUACAUGACAACAGACAACUGGUCGUAUUGCUAGUGAUAAGAGGCGCGGAUCUAAAUAUAGCCAACAAUGAUGGAUCCACUUCUCUGCACCUAAUUAGCGACUUAAUGAACAAUGAGUUGUUGACGAUGAUCUUUGAGAUCUUGGACAAACGACAGAAGACGGCUCAAAUCGACGCCCUGGACAAGUCUGGCAACACACCGCUACAAUUGGCUCUAAAAUGCCACAACAAUAAGCUGGUCGAAUUGCUAUUGAGAAGAGGCGCCGGUCAAAGUUUAGCAAACAACGUCGGAGUGACUCCUCUGCACCUCAUUAACGAGUAUGUCAACGACUACGACGAUGGAUUGGUGGAGUUGUUCUUCGAGAUCUGA